AUGGAGACAAGGCGACUGAGAAGAGACAUGAAGGCCCUUCUGUGAGUUGCUUUCUGUGGAUGAUGCAAUUAUAUAUUUAGAGCAAUGACAUAGUGUGGGAAGAGGAAUUCCAGAUUAAAUGGCAUUUUUUUGUUGUUGAUUUCCUUAGGAGCCUAAGAGCGUUUUAUGUUUUGAACAGGGGAGAUUUAAUUGGUCAGAAACUGAGAGAGAAUGGCUUUGACCCCAAGGGGAAGGGAUUCACUACCAUGCUGGAUGACCUGGUAGGAGUCUCAACACAUUGUUCUGGAGUGUACCAUCCCACACCAGUGGUUAAAGAUGCCCUCUCCAACAUUUGUAUAAUUCAGCCAGUAAUUUGAAAGUGGUCCUUAUGAGGCAAAAGUGGUCCCCAUUAAUUGUUUUGCAAUUCAUAUGAUAUGUUACUAAUUUGUUGUACUUAAGCUCCUGGGGUGCUGCACAGGGUUCGCAUAAGGUGCUUAAAGUAAUUGAAUUUGGCACUCUAAUAUUCAAGUACUGGAAUACCUUGAAAAUCUGACAUUUUCUCAAGUUGUUACUUGAAAAGUACUUUAAUUAAAAUGAGAUGAGAACAGAUAAUGAUCAAAUAUGUUUAUGAAAAAUGUUAGAAAAAUGUAUUGGUCUUGCAGAUUAAUUUCCAAGCAGAAAAACGAGUUUAAUUUCUUCUUGUGUUUCGCGCUGUGGUUUCCAGGCUAGCUCGCUUAUUCCACCCACACUGCCAGGCAGGUACAGAACUGACUGAUUAGGCGUCGCCAAACAUCACAUCGAUAGCUAAAAUGCCGGGCAAAUGUAUAUUCCAUCCUGCCUUUUGUGCUUUUGGAACAUUUCUUGGAUCUUGAAACAUGGGACCAACACUUUACAUGUUGCGUUUUAUAUUUUUGUUCAGUAUAGUUUACCCACCUUUUCACCACUACAUCACUGGACCCAACCAAACCACACUGUGUAAGGUGCAAAAAAUGUGUCCGACUUUGACAUUGCGAGCAUGGGUGAAUCGGCCAUGAAGAGCCGCAUGAAGGGGGAAAUACACAACACUGCGUCCUGUGCUGGUGCCAGUUCUACAUUCUGACUUUUUCUCUGCAACAACCUCCUGAAAUCCCCCUGUUCAUGGGGUGGCCGCGAUAUUCCGCUUUAUCAAGAGGCAGCCGUGCUCUUGCGGUUCUGGAGGCCGUGCACGUGCGGUUUUCCUCAAUCAUCCCACCCACCCUUCCACCGACCGGCGACACUAAAGCUGCCAGUCGGAAGCGAGACGUUUUUUUGUAGUUAUUAAGUAGUAGAUUCCUCAAAUGUCCAAUAAAAACAGUAAUUAAGCUGGAAUUGUGUAGUAAUGCGAAUAGGAAAUGUGUGUUCACCAGUAGGCAUGUCCCAAAACUCUGCUCAUCACUACUCAAAUUACAACAUAAUCAGUACUGAUUUACCACUCAUGUAUGUAACAGCGUAUUAUUGAGGAGAACUUGUCAGCUAGUUAGUUUUUUUUCUUCCAUGAGGUUGUGGCGAUAUACUGCCAUCUGGUGGCGACUACAAACAAUUGCAUAAUAUGAACUGUUACAAAACGAUGGUCCUUGAAAAUAAAUAUUAGUGCUUGAAAAAGUACUUGAAAGUCUUUGAAUUUGACUUGCCACUGUCUGAACGAACCCUGAGUGCAUCUUUAAUUUGGGAUGUUGUAUACAGUUAAACUGUCCGCUGGUAGUGUUUCUAUGAUUAUUUCAACAUUGUUAGGAACCCUGUACUUUGUGUCUGUGUGCUUCCAGGCUCAAUAUGACUUGGCCAUAAGUGUUGCUCUUUGGUGGCUGGAGAAAAAGGAGGGGCAUGAUGUGAUGGACAGAGACAUCGUGUAAGUACAUUGAUGAAACAAUGACUUCUAAACACAAUAACACUUAAUUAUGUUAUAACUGUCAUGUCUUGCAUCUUGUCUUGAGUAACCUUGUCUGAGACCUUGUGUAAAUGGAGCUGGUUCUGUGAACCACACCCGGGUUGAGUAACCUUGUCUGAGACCUGAAGAGUUCUGCUAACUUCCUUACCUAAUAUCUUGGCCUAGCUUGCCAGGUUACUGUAAAUCAUUUUAUGACAACUGAUGAUAUAAAAAGGGUUUUAUAAAUAAAAACAUGAUUGACUUUGUUGUUCCUGUAGUGGAGUGGGCAGCCCAGGGUAUAAUGACCAGUACCCCAACCUCCUGGAAAGAGAAGCCAUAAUCCUCUCUUCCUUCGCUGGGAUGAUCUUGGUGAGUAGCCUGGGAACUGAGGAAUACAGUAUGCCAGGGGUUGGGAGUCUAGCACGGCUUAGUCUGUAGUGUCAACGACCCUUAGACCUCUCCCUUGUUACUUAAAGUACGAAUUUACCAGUCUCCAAAGAGGCGUUUGGCAGAGUUGGGGAGUCUACUACCACGGCUCAGUCCAUCGUGUCAAUGACCCUUAAAGUGGUUCUGGGGCUGUUGGAACUGAAUCUGAUGGUUGUCUAUUGUAUUUAAUAUAUUUUUACAUUUACAUUUUAGUCAUUUAGCAGACGCUCUUAUCCAGAGCGACUUACAGGAGCAAUUAGGGUUAAGUGCCUUGCUUAAGGGCACAUCGACAGAUUUUUCACCUAGUCGGCUCGGGGAUUAGAACCAGCGACCUUUCGGUUACUGGCACAACGCUCUUACCCACUAAGCUACCUGCCGCCCCUAUGAGAUUUAGGUUAACCUCCUUCCUCGUAACUACACAAUGAAUCACCAGUCUCCAUACCCUUGCUCCUCUGUGGCUAAACUUGGACUUAAGUCAGGUGCAACAGUAUGUACUGUAUAUUUCAAACUGGGCAGCAUUACCUAGUCCAUGACCUUUCCCCUGGGUUGACCAUGUAACUGGCCCUUUAUGACUACUGUGAUUUAACUGUUACUAACUAUAUUCCCCCUCUGCUCUAACCUCUGCUCUGCUGUCCUCUCUGCUCCAGAAUAGCUUGCCUGUAGAAGAGAUUCUAGCCCUCUACAGCACCAAACCAUCUGCCGCUUACCUCCACCUGCAUUCCAAGGUAGACUGAGUUAAGAAUGCUGCACAUUUCUCUCUCCACUCCCUAGUGUUAGAAUAGCAUUCUCCUAGUAUAACCUACUCCUAGUAUGGCCUACUCCUAGUAUGGCCUACUCCUAGUAUGGUGUACUCCUAGUAUAACCUACUCCUAGUAUAACCUACUCCUAGUAUGGUCUACUCCUAGAAUAGCCUACUCCUAGUAUGGCCUACUCCUAGUAUGGCCUACUCCUAGUAUGGCCUACUCCUAGUAUAACCUAAUCCUAGUAUGGUCUACUCCUAGUAUGGCCUACUCCUAGUAUGGUCUACUCCUAGUAUGGUCUACUCCUAGUAUAACCUACUCCUAGUAUGGUCUACUCCUAGUAUAACCUACUCCUAGUAUAACCUACUCCUAGUAUAACCUACUCCUAGUAUAACCUACUCCUAGUAUGGCCUACUCCUAGUAUGGCCUACUCCUAGUAUGGCCUACUCCUAGAAUGGCCUACUCCUAGAAUGGCCUACUCCUAGUAUGGUCUACUCCUAGUAUAACCUACUCCUAGUAUGGUCUACUACUAGAAUAGCCUACUCCUAGUAUGGUCUACUCCUAGUAUGGUCUACUCCUAGUAUGGCCUACUCCUAGUAUGGCCUACUCCUAGUAUGGCCUACUCCUAGUAUGGCCUACUCCUACAGCCUAGACAUGUAGCCUAUCCUACAGCCUAGACAUGUAGCCUAAUCCUACAGCCUAGACAUAUCCCUGUGGGAACGGAGUAUAAGGGGUGUAAUAUAUAAUUCAUGAUGUGUUGACUGUACAUGUAGUUAGUAGGCCAUCAGCCUCAGUGCAGUGUUAUCUGGUCUAUAAUGAUCUGUGCUGCAGUGGUGUCAUGCAGUGCUACUCUGUAUGUACAUACUGCAUGAAUCACUGAAUUAUAAGAUAUGAAUCAGCUAUCAGAUAGAUUUUUCUAGUAAGGCUUUAAGACUUUGUCUGUUCCCACAGAGUGCUAUCGUUCAUCCCUUCACCUUGUCCUACGACCCGUUUGCAAUGCUGGGCUCGUUGAAGGCCGUGGACCACUCCAGGAAGCAUAGUAUGUCUGUGUGUGUGUGUGCAUGUGUAUCGUACACUACUAUUCGUUAACACAUCUCAACUAUGCCAGUCUCCCUCUACCUCUCUCACGUGAGGCUGUCCAUUCCUUACUUGUGUUUACAGUAGGCUAUAGAACACUUUAUGUAAGAACCCGCACCCUGACCUGUACCUCCUCUUUGAUUGUUCUCCUUCAGCCCAGAAGUUGAAGUGGUGGCUGUCUGUGCAGGGUAAAGGAGGUGCUGCCUCUGCUGUAUGGAGGGCCUUGGUGCAGUCCUCCUCCUCCUCCUCCUCCUCCUCCUCCUCCUCAUCCACGUCUAACGCCUUCCUCAGU